UGAGUGAGGGGGGAAUCAGUCGUUGCUUGGCUAUCUUGACGAUGUUACCUUCUGGAAUGCUGCUCCGUGUUGCCCUGAGGACCUCACCUGCUGUCCUCCUCCCACAGACCUCUGCUUCUACAUUCAUUAAGUAUUGUAUGAGAGGUGAAGGAGUGAGGGCGUUUGAACGUUGUUUGAGCACCACCGUCCCCCGCCAAGCCCAAGUACCUGACACACAAAUUAGGCAACCUGGUAAUAGCGAUGUGACGGAGAAACAGGUGGACGUCAAGACAAUCAAGGCAGUGUUCGGGGACGGGACCACUUCCACAUACCCGCACGUGUGGCUGAGGGAGAACUGCACCUGCAAGAGCUGCUUCAACAGUGACGCCAUCGCUCGGCUCUUCCUCAUUGACGACCUCUGCCUGGAUAUACGACCUAACGAUGCGCAGGUGAAGGGAGGAAACCUGCAUGUGGAGUGGUCUGAUGGGCACCUGAGCACCUACACUGGGAAGUGGCUACACGAGAGGGCGUUCACACCUGAAGCACGGGCCAAGCGUCGCUCUAGGUACAUGCUCUCGCGGGUGCGCUGGGGCUCAGGGUUCCAGGUACCUCGGCUCAAUUUCCAAUCGGCCAUGGAGGAGGACCAGGUACUGCUAGACUGGCUAGUACAGCUGGAGAAGUUCGGUGUGGUGCUGGUGGAGGACGCCCCUACUAGGGUUGGCACCAUCAAUGACUUCAUCGACACACUCGGCUUCAUCAAGUCAACACAUUAUGGGCAAGACUACGAGAUCAUAAAUCAAAUCACCCCCAACAACCUGGCGUAUACGGGGUCCAAGUUAGGUCUUCAUACCGACAUGCCUUACUACGAGUACCCGCCUGGGACAACCUGGCUACACUGUAUCCGUCAACACGAGGGCAAAGGAGGAGCCAAUGUCCUAAGCGACGGACUGAACGCCACCGAAUUAAUGAAGGAGAUACACCCACAACACUACGCCACCCUUGUAACCACCCCAAUCUACUUCCAGGACAAGGGCUUCCAGAUCUAUGACUUCGACAAGAUCACCAAGACGACAACCAUAGAGCUGGACGAACAAGGGAAGCUCAAGAGGCUGCACACAUCGUCACAGUCGAGGGACUCGAUCAUGGACCUGACCCCUGAGCAGAUCCUGGCCUUCUACAGCGCCCUCAAAACCUUCAACAACACCCUCUACGAACACAGCAUAGAGAUGAAGACCAAACCGGGAGACAUACUAGUGCUCGACAACUCCCGGGUGAUGCACAGCCGGACGGCCUUUGACCCAAGUACUGCCAAGGGCCCCCGACACCUCCACAACGCCUACAUCGACUGGGAUGAACUCAGGUCUAAGCGGCGCGUUCUUCAAGACAAACUGGGUGUCAGUCUAACCUAAGGUGAUCCCCAGUCCACCAUAGGCUUAAAAAUGUAUUCAAAGAUAAAUCUAAAGCGACUAAAUAUCGGGAAUGUUUUCACUUUGGAAGCUCCCCAAUCCACGAGUUUCAUGAGUCUAUGGAACAGGUCCACAGCUAACUUGUUUAUCAACUUUACUAAUAAAAUUUUGUUUGGUCAGGAUAGAUUAGAUGUUUCUUUGGUUGGUUAGGUCAGGUUCUAUUAGGUUCAAUAUUAUUCAUUUGCGACGGAAGUGCAUAGAAUGAAAGUUACUUAGAAUGAUGAGACAUAUAUCUAUUGCAUGUAUUAACUUUAAAAUAGCAGUCACCUUGUAAAAAUUUACCCCAAUUUGUGCUAUGUCUAGGCACGUUUAAUCCUGGCCUUGAGAAUUUUCCAUCUCUGAGGCAUUCAGGGAUACGUCAAGGGAAGUACCACCACCACCAUAACCUUCCCGAGCUUGUAGAGGCCAGCAAUAGCUUCCCAACAAACUGGUAAAAACAUUGGGGAAUGGUACGUGGUGGUCUAGUCUACAGUAUUUCUCUGCCCGACACAUUCAAGUCAGCCACUACCCACCAGUUAUUAACCAAUGACCACCUCGCCCACCUUGAAUAGAACUAAUUUUGGAUCUAAUGAAAAUCAGGAACAACCUAACCUAACCUAACACAGGUGACGGGGUAAACGGCCCUAUUAUAACUAAAACGUCAAAACCAUCCAUCCUAAUCUAUCUUAAUCUUGCUUGAAUGUUUAAUCUUCAUGAGAUUUAUUUUAUAUGUAUGGUGUAUAGGAACACUUUAUUAAUAAAAUGAUAAAGAACAACAACAAUAACUACGCAGUUAAACACUAUACUGUAUAUCAAAUUUAUAAAAAAAAAUUGCGCUCACUGGCAACGCUUCCUGAAUAACUUAUUUUAAGCGGUGGUUGGGUAAUUAGCAGAGUACCUUUCGUCAAUCAUGUCCAAUAGGAAUUUGUAUCUGUUCUUUACGAUAUAUUCAUUGUAGGAUGUAGACUAAAUUAGCGAAUUGGGUGCGGAAGAGCUAAUUAUUACCUACUAUAUUAUAUUUAUUGAUUUACUAUUUCUAGGGAGUAUAAAUUAAAUAAAUAUGAACACUUACCGUGGCUGGGUGGUAGGGAAUCAUCAUUUCUUAACCAAACGACCAAUUCGCUAACUUGUCUUCAUAGUUUCGGAGCUGAGGAACGUAAUAUUUUGUAUGCAUUGCAACACGGUUUACUUAUUACUAUUGCAACCCACUGCUGCACUGUAAUUUAUUGUUCAAAUUAUAAACAAAGUAAGAAAUUAAGUGAUUUAAGGAUUAAAAGGUACCAUUUUACCUCGCCACGUAUCAUGUAAAGCCACAACAAACGUCCAUUAAAAUAAUUAAAAUUUCUUUUUAUCGUCAGUCUGCCUCACAUAUUCCUUUAUAUUAUUUCAAUGUAUGGUAUAGCCUAUUCACAACGUCCUUGCAGGGUGCUUGAAUCUUAAUUAUCCACGAAGGUAAAGAACCUGACGCGUCCGUGUGCGUCUCCGUCUUGAGGGUAACUGACGUCUCUUAACUUCUGCUUCGUGGCGGAGGGACAUCAGUCAAGGUGGUCAUUUGUCUUGCCGCAAACAAAACUAGUUCUGUUAAUUUCAUAUAUUUUACGUUGAGUGUAUGUAUAGUAUUUUAGCUGCCGUUCUUAUCAAUAAAUAAAUAGUAAUGUCGGAGCAAAAACAUAAAUAUUAUAAAUUCCCGAGUCAUCUGCUCUACCUACAGUAUUUAGUUUAUUGCAUGGCAUCGAGUGGGGGGCACAGUGAACAUACCACUGUUUGAAUAUGUUUUCGUUCAUUAUUUUCUCAAUAUUAUCUUACACAUUAGAAACAUUCCAAGAAAUUAGCGUCGUACUCACUUUAAUGCUUAAAUAUUUGUAAAUAUGUAGAGUGGAUGUUGCGCCCCACUCCCAUAGCCUUCGUUAUAGCAUAUGGUUACAAAGGUUAUUUUAGAAAUAUAAUUAAGGCGUAUACAUUAAUAAUGUAUGUUGUCUAGCUAAUAAAAUGUGCAUGUGCAUGA